AUGGUCAAUUUGUUCUUGUCCAAGCCUCCCGCAGGCGGCAGUGAGGGUGAUACAGCAAGGGAGAGGAUAUUGCUUCUUCAGAGCCUGGAAUCUAUUAUCUGGUCGGUGGUAACUUCUGGAGGUCGCUAUGAGCCUCGUCUGUGGCUCUGUAAUACCAUAUCGCGCAUUCGUUACAUUGAUCCCCCGGACCAGCGGAAGCUAUUCGUCGGGCUUUUGGAAUCUAAGCCGUCAAAGCGGGACGUAGCUGCCCAGCUCCUGCGGAUGAUAUUUGACAAGAGGCCCGGAAAGGCGGGGGCUAUCUUAGCAAGAAAGGGUUACAUACUUGAGAAAUUCUUCAAAGGCCAGUACGCUGUCUGACUAAAUUUCUUCAUUUUAUCAGAUGCUUCAGCUGUACACUAACUUCAAGAUUUUGAUGCGCCAGCCUUCCUUCUAAACGUUUAUCUAUGUUUCUAUCACUGGAUUACUGGCCUAUACCAUGACUGACUGUGGAAGAGCUUACCAUUUUGUUCAUCUUUCUUUAAUUUUUUUGUGAGUUUUCAAGAAUAUCUGAUUCAAACUCGAUUCUUUUGGAAUGUUGGUUCAAUUCCACUCUUCCAUGUUUGUCACUGUUUAUGUUCGAUUGCCACGUCAGAGCAUACUUUGAUUGGAUCUGUAUAUAAUGCUCGUUAUUUUGCAUUAUUUAAGCUCCCAAACAGAGGAAGUUUUUGCUUUCCGAAUUUUUUGCUCGUAUAUUUUAUUGAUAUGACUUAAGGUUCUAACAUUUCCAUUUUUUGCUUUGCAGGGCACCCAUGGCGCGUAUUGCAAUGGUUUGAUCAUUUUGCUAGUACUGGUGAUUUCGGGCAUAAGAAAGGAGCAAGGGCAAUGUCUCAAUUUGCUUUCGUUAACCGAGACAUCUGUUGGGAAGAGCUUGAGUGGAAAGGAAGACAUGGGCAAUCACCGGCGGUUGUUGCUACAAAGCCUCAUUACUUCCACGAUUUGAAUGUCCUGCAAACGGUGGAGAAUUUUCUGGAACAUGUGCCAGAAUUUUGGUCGUCAGAUGAGCUGGCAGAGUCUGUAAAAGAUGGUGACAUCCUACACAUAGAUACACAGUUUUUUGUGGAUCAGUUUAUCCACCUUAUGUACGAGGAGAAUAUGGGAGACAUAUGGGCAAUGAUAGAUGAUUUCGUAGUUGAAGAGCAGUUUGCCAGCUUAUGUCAGCGUAUUCUUAUUUUACUUGGUGAGCAUGAACUUUUUGGUUUCUUAGCCUCGAUUUGUAAGAUUCGAAGAACGAGAUGGACUUCUGAAGAUUUUGGGCACCCAUCUUCGUGGGUUGAGAAUGUUUUAUCAUCGAACAUAGAUGAUAUGACCCUGAAUGAUUUUCUUCUGGUAAAUGCUGUCAUAAAUGAGGGUCGCCAGAUCCUACGCCUUCUUGGGGAUGAAGAACAUGAGCCAGAGUCGAGUAAAAUUGAAGAGCUCUUGAAAAGCAGCUCAUGUUAUAGUGAUGUUAGCCAUUGGAGCCUCAUGAUGGAAUGCAGAAAAGUAGAGUUGUUUACGGCUAUUAGAUGGGUUAGUCUUGAGUCUUGGAUUAUUCACUAUACCUUGUCUAAGGAAUGCAAAAACAAAGAACAUUAUGAAGCACUGUUUAUUAAGAACGGAAUAGGUUUCAGAAAAUCUGGUGAUCAUUCCUGGAUACACUCCAGUGGGCUUACAGAAGGAAGCAGAUCUAACAGUGAUGAUGAGGAUUACAGAAGGAAAAGGUUUCGAAAGAAAAGAAAGAGAAGGAAACAUGUCGAUGAGGAAACUGACAUGGAUGAACUUAUUGAUUUUGAUGCGUCAAAUGAAGAUUCACAUUUGGGAAGAGGGAGUUGGCUACUAUCCACAGAUGGGUUUUCUUCCCCUUGGAACAUGGUACGCUUUCAUGUCCGUUGCCUCGUUUCUAUUCCUAUCAGUUCUUACAUAACACUUAAACAGAGUAUUUUGGCUGAAUAAUUAAAAACCUAGGCAAAGCAAUGAUGCAGCGCGACUGUUAUUGUCGGCACUGUUUCUCUUCUUGUGUUAUUAUGAAGUCAGUACUGAGUCGGACUAUGAAAACUGUUGACUCAACAGAGUGAAAAGCUUAUUAUACUGGACAUCUGUGCUAUUACAAUAGUGUGACUAUGGUGCUGCUAGUAACAUCAAAUAGAAAAGAAAUUGAUGGACCGGGGUGGGUUGUGUGUGGUGUGGGGUUGGGCUGGGUUUGAAAAAUGAAAGAAAGCAAGACUUUUGACCUGGGAAGAAGGGAACAAAAAUAUUAAGUUAAUGAAUAAACUCGUGUAUGGCAUCCGUUUCAAGCCCUCGUGAAAUAUCCACAGUAAAUGAAAACGUUAGAGGGAGUGAUCCUGUGUUUCCAGGAUUAUGAGUUCUAAAAAUGUUGAUUGUUUUAUUCUUGAGACAUGAGGCAUAAAAUUAGUCAUUGAUUGAUUUAUGUGUUCAUGUAGCAUGAAUACUCCUUUUCAUUUUACUCGUAUUAAAUGAACAGUACUACUCUUUAUCCAAAGUCAAUCCAGACUAUAGUUUUGCAAAGACGCAGAUACUUCAGUUUUGAAGAAAAUGAAGCUGUGUCAAACCUCCGUUUUGCAAAGAAGAUCAAUCUUUUUAUUAAAUUUCUACUUGUUUCGGGAUUACACACUCUAUUUUGACUUUCCAUUUGGUUGUGUUUUUCAGAAAGAUCUACCGGAGCAUCUUUCUAGGGAUUGCUUUUCUUCAUGGAUGAAGUGGGUUUGCUCCAAGUACGAUUCAUGA